ACUCAGGCCAUCGCCAUUUUGUCAGAAGGUUUUUUUGCGGAUUAUUUUCAAAUUUUCUCCCUUCCCGCCGGAAUAAUGCAAUCACUGGGUAUACCAUUGACAUUUGUGUUGAAAACAAUGCGUCGAAUGGAUCGAAUUUAGACAAUUAAGAAUCAAAUUAUGUAGCAUAGUUUAAAUAUAUUUAGGGGGAGCCGCACUUGGUCUACCGGGCCGGUUCACUGCGCAGGUUUGGGACGCGCGCCAUUUUGUGAAAAUUGACAUAAAAAUUAUUGUCUAAAAAUAAGCGUAUAUUUUAGGGCAUGAUAUUUGUUUCAUAUUUUGGUGGGAUUUAGAUUAUUAUUCGUUAUGAUUGCCUACGUUCGUGUUUCCCGUGGUGAGCUUGCAAGAAAACGGAACAAUCUGAAUGUAGCAACCUUUUAUUUAGCUAUUGAAUUCCUAGCUACAGAAUCUUGUUAGCUAAACCUUAGCUAGUCAACAGCAGUAGCCACGUUCGUUUUGUCAGCUAGCUAGCAUACGAGCUAGCUGGCGCUAGUCAUCAGCUGAUGCUAGUCCAAGUUGAGUGGAUAACUAAUUUUGUUGGUUGGGAACGCAUUUGAUCGUCAAGAAGUUUUACUUGGCUGGCCAGUGGGGGACACUUUUCACCUUCGCGUUACGGGAAUUGAGUUGACUGACUGCUACGGUUAACUUAGCCGACGAUUGAGGGCGGAGAAGCUCAAACUGGAUAAGUUGCCCUAUCAUACAGGUUAUUUGACUUUAAAUGAAGAUCGUGCCAUCAGAGUGGGUUGUGGUUUGCUGCUGGACUCUCCUCCCAGGAUGAUAUGAAAUUUUACAGGAGACGAUGCAUCCAGGAGGAGAGACUUCAGCAUGCAAACCUUCGUCCGUCCGGCUUGCGCCCUCUUUUUCUUUCCACGCUGCUGGUCUUCAGAUGGCUGCUCCAAUGCCCCAUACGCACCAGCAGUACAGUGACCGCCACCAGCCAAGCACUGACCAAACUGCUGCGGUCCUACCGUACAGCGACCAGGCGCAACAGCUCACUGCCAAUCCGAGGCACAUGCCCCAGUGCUUUCGUGACCCUACUUUGGCUCCCCUGCGGAAGCUCUCCAUAGACCUUAUCAAAACCUAUAAACAGAUCAAUGAGGUGUAUUAUGCAAAAAAGAAGCGGCGGCACCAAACGGGUCAAGGUGAAGACUCCAGUCACAAGAAAGAGAGGAAGGUCUUCAAUGAUGGCUAUGACGAUGACAACUACGAUUACAUUGUCAAGAAUGGGGAAAAGUGGAUGGACCGCUAUGAGAUUGACUCCUUGAUCGGCAAAGGGUCAUUUGGACAGGUUGUAAAAGCGUAUGACCGUGCAGAGCAGGAGUGGGUUGCCAUCAAGAUCAUCAAGAACAAAAAAGCUUUUCUCAAUCAAGCCCAGAUUGAAGUGCGUCUCCUAGAGCUCAUGAACAAACAUGACACUGAGAUGAAAUACUACAUAGUUCACCUGAAACGUCACUUCAUGUUCCGGAACCACCUCUGCCUGGUGUUUGAGAUGCUCUCGUACAACCUGUAUGACCUGCUGCGGAACACCAACUUCCGUGGCGUCUCUCUAAACCUGACCAGGAAGUUUGCCCAGCAGCUUUGCACUGCGCUACUGUUCCUGGCCACACCUGAGCUAAGCAUCAUCCACUGUGACCUGAAGCCUGAGAACAUCCUGCUGUGCAACCCCAAAAGGAGCGCCAUCAAGAUAGUGGACUUUGGCAGCUCCUGCCAACUGGGACAGAGGAUAUACCAGUACAUUCAGAGUCGUUUUUACCGCUCCCCAGAGGUGCUGCUGGGCAUGCCCUAUGACCUGGCCAUCGACAUGUGGUCCCUGGGCUGCAUCCUGGUAGAAAUGCACACCGGAGAGCCCCUCUUCAGUGGCGCCAAUGAGGUGGACCAGAUGAAUAAGAUAGUUGAAGUUCUAGGUAUCCCCCCCAAUCAUAUUAUGGACCUAGCCCCAAAAGCCAGGAAGUUCUUUGAGAAGCUAUCAGAUGGCACAUGGGGCGUUAAGAAGACCAAAGAUGGCAAAAGGUAUAAACCUCCAGCCUCUCGAAAGCUCCACUCCAUCCUGGGUGUGGAGGCCGGGGGUCCAGGUGGCCGGCGAGCAGGGGAGUCUGGCCAUGCCGUCGCUGACUACUUGAAGUUCAAGGACCUGAUCCUGCGGAUGUUGGACUACGACCCCAAGAGCCGCAUACAGCCCUACUACGCCCUACAGCACAGCUUCUUCAAGAAGACUGCAGACGAGGGGACCAACACGAGCAGCAGUGUGUCUACCAGCCCAGCGCUGGAGCAGUCCCAGUCCUCUGGAACCACCUCCAGCACCUCCUCCAGCUCCGGAGGAUCAUCUGGGACAAGUACCAGUGGCAGAGCAAGGUCUGACCCCACCCAUCACCACCUACACAGUGGAGGGCACUUUGGGGCAGUGCUGCCAGCCAUCGAUGGUGACACCCUCUGUCCACAGGCAAGGAAGAGUUACCCUCCACCAUUGAGGGGAGGCGGCGUUGGACCAGAGCCAGUGGCCGGAGAGACCCACCCAGUCCAGGAGACCACCUUCCAUGUCCCUCCUCAGCACCCCAAGGCCCUGCACCCCCACUCCCACCCCCAUCAUCACCACGCGCAGGUGAUGGCCACAAGGCCCCGGCCCCGGCAUUACACCUCUCCCACACACAGCGCCUCCACACAGGACUCCAUGGAGGUGGUGCAUGGCCAUCUGUCCAUGACCUCCCUGUCUUCCUCUGCCUCCUCUUCCUCCACAUCUUCCUCUUCCACUGGGAACCAUGGCAACCAGGCCUACCAGCUCCGCCACCUGCCCUUUGGGCAUCACGGCGGGCUGAGCAUGGGAUUGGGCGCCUUCUCGAACCCCCGGCAGGAGACGGGCAUGGCCGCCCACCCUGCGUACCCCAUGGGCACAAACACUGGGCCGGCUCACUACCUACCAGAGGGCCACCUGGGCAUGAGGCAGGGCAUGGACCGGGAGGAGUCUCCCAUGACUGGAGUGUGUGUGCAGCAGAGUUCCAUGGCCAGCUCGUGACUGCACUAACAUUUGGCUGUGUGUUCCCCUGUGCGUCAUUUUUAAGGUGGUGUUUUUUACUACAGAUGUGUCGAACUAAAGCUGCUCACGUCAGAAGGGAGAUAUCACUGAACCGCUACUACAGAGAAGAUCCUUUGUUAAAAGAAUGUGGUUUCCGUUUUUCCUUUGCAAUCAUUACACAUAGUAAUGUUGCAAAAUAACCAUAGUAAAAUUGAGACAUCCAUCUGCCAUUUCACAAAAUUCAUGUAACAAAUAACCACCGUCUGGUAUUACGUGGCAAAAUCUUCUGGUGAGCAUUGGGGAUACAGUUGGAAGCAGUUUUACAGGUAGCUGUCAGUAAUGAAUUGCUAACACCUCUUAUUUAAAACUGUGGAAUUUCUGACAUUUUUGUUCCACAGUUGUUGAUUGUUUUACCCUUUUUUUUAAAGUGAAUUGUCACAAAAGAGCUGCUUUUAAAAACAUGUAGCUUGACCUGAGGAAAGUGUUUGCAGUGAUAUUUCGUGUUGUCUGUCGGUAUUGUGUAACUCUGUGAGAGGGGAGCACAUAGCAGUGGAGUUCCUAUAGCGUGCGCUGGCCCAGACAGUGGAGGAAUUACCCUGCAGGUGGAAGAUGUUGAGUGGGGAGGUUCUGAGGGGAGCGCUGCCCCCAUUAAGUCCAGGGGCCCGGUGAGCUGGGUCCGGCCUGGCACAGACGAGCGAUUGGCUCUGGAGAAGAAAAGGAUCCGGUGACGCGCAGGGAAGACUGGUUCAGUCAGUGGCUGGUUCUCAGAUAACCCUUUGGCCUUACGACUCAUGGACUUGGAAUGGGACGGAGCUGGACAUUAUCAUUUGAAUUAACAUGGCUUUCCUCUUUUUUUUUUUUCUCUCUAGACAGCCCUUAAUUCUUUAAGGAGAAUAAACAUAAUAGAAAAAGGUCAUUUAAGAAUCAGGCCUUUCUCUACAAAGAUUUCUUAUUAAUGGGGCCCCACAUUACAGGGUCUUCUUGUACACACCAAUCUCCUAAACAUUACUUCCUCAAAUCUUGUUCACAGAUUAAGGAUUUCACAGUGGAAAGAACUAUCUUUUCCCUUUGCUUACCCCCCCCCAAAUCUGCAUGUAGUUCCUCAUCUGAACGCCUGCACAAAUUCUCCAUCUUAAACGGAAACUGAAAAGAAAAACGAGUUAAGUGACUGCCUUUUUUCCUCAAAUUAUGCUGUGAAUUUUACAAUAAUUUAUUUUCCCUUUGGAUAUUUUUUAUACCAAAGCAGUUGUUUUUAAAGCAUAUUAGGUGUCUGUAACCAAUAAUGUAGCAGUUCACCACUUUUGACUCCGUUUAUCAAGAUCUUAUUUUAACGUCAAUACAAAACAGCAGCAAUAUAUUGCUCUAGCAAAACUGGAACCCGUUGUUCAACUUAGCUACCAUAUAUUUUAACAGUUAAGGUUGCAAUGUUUUACCAAACCUGUUUCCAUAUUAUUUGGUUGAUUUUAAUUUGUGGGGUCUCUCUUUUAACCUAAGUAUGUUUAGUGACAUUGGUAGUUACUCUGCAGGCUCCAGAGUAGUAGAAUUAAAAGCUCAUGGUUCAAUGGAGACAACUGCAUUCUAUUUCUGCAUUUUCCCCCACGUAUACUAUUUUUAAGGGUUUCACUGCCUUUCAUACAUAAUUUGGUUGACAUGCUAGCUACUGCCAUAACUCAAGACUAUUUUAGUUUCAUUACCCUGGCAGUGUCUAGACAAUUUUGAAACAAUUAUUUGGCAGAGCACCUUGUGAGCCUGGUCCUAUUCAAAUGGAAAGCGUGCCAGCAGCCCUCUUGCUAAUGUCCUGAGGAUGAUGCUCAACUUAGGCAGACAUGCAUGUCCGUAGAACUCGACAGUAAAUAAAAUACAUGUUUCAUUCAGUUUAUUUUAUAUCAGGGAUUUUGAAGUGCUUUUUUUUUUUUUUUUUUUUUUUUUUGUCAUCUCUGGAAAAAUAACAAGACCAAAGUCCUGCUCAUAACAGCCUUAGUUAAACACACACAGACCGCAGGACACCAUUCUAUUGUCAUCAUAAUUCAGGGGAGAGACCAUCACAAGGACAAAUCAUGUUUGGUAUAACCACAAAUGCAAAGCUACCUGUAAUGAUAUUUUGAUUUUAUCUAAAUGUUAAAAUUAUAAUCACAAUCAUUUGUCAUACCCCUCAUGAUUUUUGAGAUUCAGAAAUUGACAGUGGUUUUGCUGGCACUCAUACUGGUACUAAACAUUCCAAAAUAAAGGUUAAAAAAACAUAUUUAAAAAUAAUAAACUUGAGUGACUCUUAAGUGUGAGCCUGUUUCAGAUCAUGCUGAAUGACCUUUGAUCUAGAGCAGUUGUCAUGACAUGCAGCCCCUUUUUAAUAGUUGAAAUAGAAUUUAUGUAUAUAUUUAUAUUUUUUAAUAAAGGAAGUAUAGAACUCACUACCUUGCUCCUGCUGGUAUGAUGAUUGUUUGUCAAUUUGGUGACCAUUCAGUGGCAAGAUCUCAGUUUUCUUAGUCAGUGGUGUAUCAUGGUCUCUGGUCAGAGGUACUUGACUACAUCAGGACAACACUAUGAGGUAGGGUUUGAAUCAAACAGGGAAAGCUAUAUCUUCAAACCUUAAUUUUCACAGGGUAUAUUGUAAGUGCAUGUACAUCCACAAACCUUACAUUUUGGUUGUAUGAGAAGCACAUGGUGGGGAAAAAAAAGUGGUUCCAUUUUCAAUAAGGCUGUUAUGUUUGGGUUUCACACAUGUGAGAACUUGUUGACAUAUCCCUCACCCUACAGAAGCGCAAGUCCUCAGAUUUCAUUUGAAUAUCUUUUCCUUCAUUUUUUUUUUUUUUUCAUCAAAGUUUUUGUACAUGCAACAUGCACUAUAAAACUGAACAGCAUGGGGAAAAGGAUAAGUCCAUGUAUCCACAGAUUGUAAGAUCUAGUCAAGACUUUGCUGUGUAUAUGACAAUGCCCUUUGUAUUAUAUUAAGACAGUCUUAUGUAUGAUAUAUAAAAAGAAGUUAAUUGAA